GGUGUGAAUAUGAAGACGGAGCCAAAUUUGAGCAUCAAGGGGAUUCUUAGAAUGUUAAUGGCGAAUAUUGACGAUGAGAAGAACAUGAGAGUAAUUUCUCUUGGAAUGGGUGAUCCAACUGCUUUUUCUUGCUUCACCACUACCUCCAUUGCUGAGGAUGCUGUUCUUGAUGCUCUCACCUCUCAGAAAUUCAAUGGCUACUCCCCUACUGUUGGUCUUCCUCAAACAAGAAGGGCAAUCAGUGAAUAUUUGUCCAUGGAUCUCCCAUACAAGUUAUCUCCAGAUGAUGUAUAUAUAACAGCAGGCUGCACACAAGCUAUAGAGCUAGCUAUAUCAAUUCUAGCCACACCAAAUGCAAACAUCUUGAUUCCAAGACCCGGAUUCCCGAUCUACGAUAUUUGCGCUGCUUUUAGAAAUGUCGAAAUGCGCCAUUUUGACCUUCUUCCCGAGAAGGGUUGGGAGGUUGACCUCGACGCCAUUGAUGCAUUAGCUGAUGAGAAUACCGUUGCAAUAGUCGUUAUAAACCCCGGGAAUCCAUGUGGAAAUGUCUAUAGUUUUCAACAUUUAAAGAAGAUUGCUGAAACUGCAAAGAAGCACAAGAUUGUAGUUAUAGCAGAUGAAGUUUAUGGCCAUUUAGCCUUUGGCUCGAACCCGUUUGUGCCAAUGGGUGUUUUUGGUUCGACGGUGCCCGUCCUUACGCUUGGAUCUUUGUCAAAAAGAUGGAUAGUUCCCGGUUGGCGGCUUGGGUGGUUAGUGACUGCCGAUCCUAACGGCAUUUUAAAAAAUGCAGAGAUCGUUGAGCGCCUUAAGAAGUACGUCGAUAUUUGUGGUGGCCCGGCAACCUUUAUACAGGCAGCGGUGCCUCAAAUUCUCAAGGAAACCAGUGACGUGUUCUUCACAAGAACUCUCGGCAUACUGAAACACAGUGCGGAUCUUUGCGUCAAGAAAAUAAAAGACAUCGCGUGCUUAACAUGUCCAACGAAACCGCAAGGAGCGAUGACCGUGAUGGUGAAGUUGAAUGUUUUGAUGCUAAAAGAUAUCAUCGAUGACACCGACUUCUGUUUCAAGCUGGCCAAAGAAGAAUCCGUGAUCCUUCUUCCAGGAGUGACGGUGGGACUGAAGAAUUGGGUCCGGAUAACUUUUGCCGUUGAGCCAUCAUCUCUUGUAGAAGCUCUUGAAAGAGUGAAGACCUUUUGCCAUACCCAUUCUUAUGAACCAAAAGGUUGA